AUGUCUGGAAUCCUCGGCGAAGCAGUCACUCCAUGUCCAUCCCGGUCGAGGUCUUCUGGAUUUCGAAGCGACAGUGAAACAUUGGAUAGUUUCCUCAACGAAGAUACCGACUAUGAGCCCACCGGGCAAAUCGAAUAUACGACAGAGAUCAAAGCACCGACUUUAAAAAGCAGUCGUCCCCGUCGGGUCAAUCGCGUGAGAUCGGUGUUCCAAAUUCAUGAAGACGUAGGGGAGAAACCAGGUGGUAUAGUUGAGAAACGCAGGAGAGAGACAGGAUCUAUCAGCGCCCCGGCAAAUCGCAAAUCUUCCUUGCUCGCUCAGCCAGCGCAACGAUUCCGCCCAAAAGUCAACUUUGCACCAGACUUUCCUCGCACAGCCAAAGAAAAGACUGAGACACAAUCGAAGCCAGUGAAGUCUGUCACAAAUACCAUCCGAGGGGCCGUAUCUGCCAAAAGCCGUGAUUCCGGUGAGCAAUCAUCACCGCAGAGUCUGGUUCAAACACUCAAAAAGGAUGUCCGUCGCAAUACUGUCUACAUUCCGCCGGAUGAUACCACCAUUGCCAGCGCUUUUAUGGAGCUGUUCAGCCCCAUGAAGAAGGACGUGUCGCUGCAGCAAACCUCGGAUGAAACACAAACCAAUACUCUAGAAGCACAGAUAGCACGGCGAAAAUAUACCCCGGGGAGUUUUUUCGAUCUUGAUUGCAAGAUCAACACCAAGAAGGAAGUUUUCCCAAGGCCAGGGGUCAUUCCUAUAUCGGCAUCGAAGCCCGUGCGUCAAAAUGCGACUCGCCAAUUGACAAUACCCAAAUCCACCGAUUUUGGCGUGGCCGCGAAGCAUCCAAGUCCCAAGCGAGCGGCUUUAUCCGAUAAGAAAAAUCUCCUUCAAGUAUCGCCAUGCUCUGUUCGUCACAAAUCUGAUGACAAUGACGUUACCUCAUCGAAAAAGGCGGUUCACAGCGCCACGUUCAAUGCGCGGGCAUCUGCUUUGGCGGAACGUCUCGGCCGCACAUCGCUGAGCAAUGCUUCGAAGACUGGCCGUCACGGAUUUUUGAAGAUGAACGAGCUCAAUAGGGAAUAUCCCAAGUUGGCAGAGGAUAUUUCAAAGCCUGCUCUUUAUGCAGACGACUGGCUGUCUCACCAGGAAACUGUGAUCGCCCAACUGUGCAAUUCACUGUUCGAGUACACCAGUGGUGAAUCGUCUUUCCAGGACCAAAGCACCCUUCGUCUUGAGUUACUUGAGAUAUAUCACACCAAAUACUUUGUCCAAUUGCAUCAGAAGAUCCAGGCCUCCUUAUCGUGUGGAACUCUGAGUAUGUCUAAGGAAACACUUAUUCGCAACAACCGCUUGAGACGAGACGUUGGUCUUCGCCGCAAAUUUCUCGACCUAUGGAUAAAAUCCUACGAUUUACGUGCACUGACCGCUGCGUUGGAGACCGUGAUUGGGCGUCAGGUCUCCAAUGACCCGUAUCUGUUUGGCACUAACACACUGGGUUCGCCCGAAAGCCCAGGAAGACGCAAGAGAGUUAUUGCCAAAAAGUUGGAAGGUUUCCUUGACACUUUUUUGCUUCGCAACGACGACCUUGGUGAAAUGCUGCCUGCACAUAAGGACUCUGCAGAUGCUCAGGCCAAAGCUUAUCACCGCACGGUCCUCCGAUGCAUCAUGCUUAUUGUUCUUCUCGACAAAGGCAAGCAGAGCCCUCACUCUAGCUUUCCCCGGAAGCUCUUCACGCCCACCUCCAACUUCAAAUCCUCGAUCGAAGUACUUCAGGCCGUCACGCGCCUUCUGCUGCCUUCUUUGCUCUUUUUCAGUCCCCGGCACAUGCAGUCCGAUUUGGAAGACCAAACUGUGACUCUCAAUACGGGGGAAGCGCUCUCUCUCCUGGGUGGCGAAGCCGAUGUUCCUCUGUCUAAGCAUUUGAAGUAUCCAUGCAUGAGCCGAGCUGCUAAGAUCUUCAAUGUACAGGUCGCUCUGUCAGCUCUUCGUUCUGUUAACGGGUCCUGUGCCAUUGUGGAAAAUGUUCGGGCUGAAGAAAUUGUGGAUGGUUAUCGCGAAAAGACAAUUUCCCUUUUGUGGGCACUCGUUAGCAAAUGGGGACUAGCUGGCUUAGUCGACUGGGAAGAUCUCAACAAAGAAAUCGCUCGCUUGAAGCGAAAAGCGGUUUCACAACUUGGACCCGUGGUCGAAGAUCAAGACUGGUUUACCGGAAUCGGGCUCAAUGAACCAGAUGAUCACACUCGCGAUCUUCAUCAAUGGGCUGCAAUCUUGUCUGCUUUGAAGAACAUUUCUAUCAGCAAUAUGACCACUUGUUUCUCUGAUGGAAAAAUCUACGAGAGCAUUGUUGACGAAUAUCAACCGUACAUCACUGGCACCUCUCACACUCAAAAUACAAUGUCGCUGAGCUCCCGACUACGUCUCCUGGGAUGUGAUUACCAAUUUGCACAGCUCGUCUCUCCAGGCACUGAAUCCCCCAUUCUUGACCGCGACUUCACCUUUGGUGCUCUCGCAUUUCUUUGCUCUCGGCUCCUCUCGGCCUCGAAGAACGCUCGAGCAGCCACGAUCUUGCAACGUGCCUGGCGUGCUCGCUUGGCAGCUCGAGACGAUGCCCGUCGCACCAUAGCGAAGAGUCUCGCUGAGCACUGUGCAGCAGUUGUUCAAACCCGAAACGAGAUCCUUUGGGCAAAAGCAGUCAUUGCUCGAUGGUGGAGACAGGUCCAGUCCCGAAGAGAACGACAAGCCGCACGGCGUCAGCCUACGCGAAAACGCAGCAGGCAACCCACGGGGUGUCUUUAG